AUGUUGUGUUCCCUUGUUCCGGGCAGCCAUUGUUGCCAGAUUGGACUGACAACCGAUAUGGCUGUAGCAAACGCAAAGUCUGCUCUGAUAGAGUGCGAACUGAAACACUGCCUGCCACAAAUACAAAAGGUCUUAUUGACAGCUUCGUGCAUGUCAUGUCCCAGUGACCCAGUACAGUUUCUAAAAAACACUCUUGUGGCCUUCCAGGGACAUGAUAGUCUUGAGGCUGUUGACUGGCACAAGUUUGUUGCUGAUGCAGAACAGCACACCUCAAAAACCUCUCGGACACAUAGGACUAUAGACACAGUCUAUAUGGACCAAGAUGGCACCAUGCUGUCAUUUUGUCUGGUUGAGAAGGCCUACUCCUGUUACAGAAAACAUUUAACAAGCGCUUGCUUCAGGCGGUGGAAGAGGUUCAUUGCACAGAGUAAGAGAGGUACAACUGAGUUGGCUCUGAAGAUGGACCUGAUGAAGAAGCACUAUGAGAGGAAAUGCCAAUGGGUUGCACUCACUAAAUGGUCAAACUGGGUAAAAAUACACAAGAAGACACAGGCUGUUGCCAUGGAGAAACUUGAGAGUCUUGUAAAUGCUGGCCACCUUAAGCGCAUCAUAGCUGCUUGGCAUAAUGUUGCAAAGGACUCAAAGAGGACAAAAGAGCACUUUAAGAGGUUGGAAAUGGAGUUCGGCAAUAAAGUCCACCAGACUGGGGAAAAAUGUGACAGACUCUCAUUGCUCCCUUCCAGCCUCUUACUGAAGAUCUUUCAAUAUUUACAAUUGCGAGACUGGUUGAAUUGUGCUGAGGUGUGUUGCACAUGGAAAGCUGUCAUCCAGUCAGGCAACUUGUGGAGUCAGAUCAACUUCUCUGUGGAGAAAAACUGGAUAACAGACAGCUCAAUGAAGCAGAUUUUGCAGAACUACCGCCCAUUUGUGAUCCAUCUCAACCUGCGUGGCUGCACAUCUUUAACAUGGACAAGCUUGAAAUCUAUCAGUGAAUGCAGAAACCUCCAGGAGCUCAAUGUGUCGGAGUGUUUUAAUGUUACAGAUAUGAUGGUGCAGAGAAUUGUGGAGGGCUGUCCGUGCCUGCUCUACUUUAACCUUUCGUGCACACUUAUAACAAACAAAACUCUAAGAGAACUGUCCAGGAACUGUCUCAGCCUUCAGUACCUGAGUCUGGCCUACUGCUACAGAUUCACAGAUAAAGGGUUUCUGUACCUGACCACAGGGAAGGGCUGCCACAAUCUCAUCCACCUCAACCUGUCCGGAUGCACUCAGAUGACAGUAAAUGGAUUCAGAUACAUUUCUGCCGCAUGUCCUUCACUCAAAGAGAUUGUGAUCAAUGACAUGCCCACGCUGUCAGAUAGCUGUGUCUUGGCACUAACUACCAGAUGUCGCUGUCUGUCUGCCAUGUCUCUGCUGGAUGCUCAUCAUCUUUCCGACGUGGCCCUCAAAGCCAUUGCUGAAGUAGCCAGACUGAAAAGUUUUAGCACAGAGGGUAACAACCAACUAACAGACAUCAGCUGGACGGCCCUGUGCAGCAGCUCACAAGGCCUGCGCAGACUCCACACCGCAGAAUGCCCCAGAAUGACCGACGCCGGCCUCAGAUCUGUGGCCGCCCUCAAGAACCUGCAACACCUGGACAUCUCACUUUGUAACAAGGUGAGUGAUACUGGGAUCCAGUGUUUGACUGAAGGUUCCUCAUCCACCAAACUCAGAGAGCUGAAUGUCAGCCACUGCAGUCGCAUCACUGAUGCAUCUGUCAUGAGGAUUUCACAAAGGCUGUGUAAACUCUACCAUCUCAACUUGAGUUAUUGUGAGAGACUGACUGACAUGAGUCUGGAGUGGCUGAGCGGCAGCUCUAUCUGCUCUCUUGACAUCAGCGGUUGCAACAUCCGGGAUCAGGGGCUGGCGGCUCUUGAGGGAAUUCGCUUGAAGAAGUUAGUGCUUGCAGAGUGUGUCUAUAUCACAGACAUUGGCAUAGAGAAGCUGUGCAAGACUGUGAGAGAUCUGGAACAUGUUGAUGUGUGUCACUGUGUAGCUCUAUCAGACCUGGCCAUCAGAGCCAUUUCAUUUUACUGCAGAGGUCUAGUCACACUGCAGAUGUCAGGUUGUCCCAAGAUGACAGAUAUGGCAGUGCAGUAUCUGACAAGUGGAUCUCAGUACCUGCGAGAACUUGAUGUGAGCGGCUGUAUUCUUCUCACAGAUCGCACUCUCCGACACUUGGAGAGGAUCUGUCCUCCUCUCUGCUCCAUCACGAUGGCCUGCUGCAACAACAUCUCCAAGGCUGCCGCGUUAAAGCUUCAGCCACGCGUGGAGUACUGGGAUCACAGCAAUGACGACCCUCCAUACUGGUUUGGAUAAAACAUAGGCCAAAUGGUGCAUCCAGUCACCUGACCCAUCAAGACUGGUGACACCUGUUGAAUGGUGGAGCAGCACUCAGUGAUGACAAGAGCAGCAAGUACAGAGGGGAUUGAAACAGAUCUCAAAUAGCAAUGCUUUUGUGAAAAUCUCACAAUAACCAUGAUUUUUGGGACAUUGUCUCAAAACAUACUAAGAGCAUCCUCAACAAACCAUUUUGAAUGAUAAACCCAAGAUAAU